ACAGUAUCAUCGCUGUCAUUACUGAUCGGGGAGUGACCGCAAAGUUGAGGCUUAUCGCACAAAUCUUGCUACCGACAUCCGGCAUCGGUACAGCAUUUUUACAUACCGGGUUAUCUGCUAUACGGUACAUGAUGCAGUGGUUUUAAAUAUUGCUCGCGUGUAUCUGCUCAAAACUCCGACACAUGUGCAGGAAUUUAUAGUUGGUGAUGUACGGUGAAUUUUUAUUGUUGGCGUCAAACUUGUUUGCUAUAGGGAGCAAAAUAUAUUGUUUUCUUUUUUUUGAUUUCAUUGCGCUGUGCUAAAAGGUUGAGUGCUAAUCCAGAAAUUUAUUACAGUCCGUGAUUUUUGAACAGCAGUACAAAAAGGUGCUGGGCAAUUUGGUUGCCCAUGGUUCGACAGAUAUGGGUAGGAAAUUACACUCCCUAUCAUAUCUGUUAAUUCCGUUCUUUUAUUUGAACAACGCAAAGGCAGUCUCGGACGAGGAUGGAAAUGUUGUAAUAACAGAAGAUCUUUUUCAAACGCCUAUCAAAUAUGUGGACGAUCCAAGUAUUAACCUAUGGCCGAAUCGCACCGCCAUCCCUUAUGUGAUCAGCGAAAUUUUUAGUGCAUCAGAACAGCAAGCGAUUGUUAAGGCUCUCCGCAUCAUGGAGAAGAAAACAGGAGGAUGUAUUUUGUUCAAGCCUAAGACCAGUGAAGAUGAUUAUAUCUACUUCUUUGGAAACUUUCUGGACAAAUGCGACUCAAAAGUAGGCAGAGUAGGCGGGAGACAGUAUGUUGAUCUGGCCCGGCCCAUACACCUUACUUCAACAUCAUGUAUAAACACGGGAAGGAUCCAGCACGAGCUGAUGCACGCUUUGGGCUUUCGUCACGAACAACAACGCCCCGACCGCGACCAGUAUGUCGACGUACGCAGCGGAAACGUAAUACCGGCAGAUUACCCUGAUAAUUUCGUUAGAAUAUCCUCGAUAAACACUUUUGGACUCAAGUACGAUUACCAUUCCGUAAUGCAUUAUGAUGCCUUCGCUUUCGCCGUAUUCAAUAACAGUCCUGUGUUGAUCCCCAAAAAAGGCCUAGUGGUCCGUAUGGGUCAACAAUUGGCCAUGACCCCGAGCGAUGUUGCAAAGAUAGCAUUGACCUAUAAAUGCCCUUUAACCAUUCGUCGCGUCAGCCAAACGGCCCGUAAAAGGGAGAACUUCCCAAAUUUCUCACUGGAACCGAUAGAGGGAGAUCGGUGCCAGGUGCAGUUUAACGAUUACUGUGCGCCCGGUCAAAUCACGCAAGAGAACUGCAGACGCCGGAAUUAUUUUCAUAUUCGUUGCCGGUCGGACGCUCCGGUGCCGGUUCUAGAAAGUAUGACGGCUGUUAUGGCCGAUAAGACUGUGCGACCGGUAUCCAUAGAUGUCGACGAACGACUCAUUUCCAGUUAUUCCUUCGAGCCGAUUCGGAUCCAAGUUCUGAAGCUGCAGAUACACAAUUGCACCACCGAACGCGUGACCCUGAGACUUAAGCAGCUCAAUUUUGUCAACUUACUACACUUAGAACUUCACCACUGCCACAAUCUGAUUAUUGAGAAGACGGACAUUUCGGUAUUCCAACAGUUGCGGAUAACUACUUUUCGCAACAGUACCGUCCAUGUUAUGCAACCGGGAACAUUUACCGAUUUGCCAGAAAUGCGGAUAAUUUCUUUAGAAGCAUUAUCGGCCACCCAGAAAAACCAAAAUUUCGAAGCUCCUUAUCGAGAAUUUCUCCGCCGUUUGCACUGCAGCUGUGAAUUUAGCUGGUAUCGAUCAUGGUGGCGGAGCAAUAAGCAAUUACGUCUAAAAGCGCAAAUAGAGGAAUUGUAUUCGUUCGAUGGACCUACCUCUGCCCUACUUUGCAAUGAUGAAUUUAGCAAAGAAGGUUUGUUUCAUCCAAUCAACUGUAGCGAUAAACCGUUUCCUCUCAGCACGGAGUGGAUCAGCUAUUACACGCAAAUUGAAUAUUCUAUAAACGAGCCACUGUGCAACCAAACACUCACGGUUACGUCUUCGACCGCUAUGUUUUCGACAUUGAUACUGGACCCCACUGCAACAGGGGCCCCAACGUUCCCUUUGGCUCCCUUCUCCACGACGCUUUUACCACGGAAAAUCGGGCCUCUCGCACUGUCGCCACAAAGACUAAGGUCGCAAUCGAUCCCGGGUAUCUUGGUAGGCGCUCUGUUUGGGAUCGCCACUCUGUUUACAGCUAUUACUUUAUUAAUUAAGAAUGGACGAUGCAGAACCUGGGUUUCAUCCUUGCGAAAUAGCAGCUUAUCAUUCAGGGUUUUCAGAAACAGAGAACCAAGUAGUGCCGAUGGUAUCGCGAUAGUUUCGAGCGGAGUAAGCUCUUGAAAGGAUGCGCCGGCUGGACGUUUUUGUGUUAUUAAUUUGUCUUCGAUUUUGUUGGUUGGCCGCACAGUGCGCCAUAAUAACCUUUUACUAUUUUGCUGCAUUGUAAAGCUCAAUUAUAUCUACUCGAGCAAGUUUUUUUUAUAAUUUUUACGUUUAAGUUGUAGCUUUCUGUUUUGUUUGAUUUAUUUUAGAAUUCUUGGAUGUUGAAAAACACCCAUUAGCUGUACAAAGGUGAAGCGUUUCCGGGAUCUGUCGCCUUGAGAUUAGUCUGCCGCUUUAUGCUAAGUUUGUAAUUGUUCCUUGCUGGCAUCGUUUGAUGCAAAAUGCGCAUUUCUUAAAUAUUUGAAUUAAUAA